GGAUGAGGUCCGGACUGGAGGAAACAGAACGGCGGGGUGCGGUAGGCUAGGACGCUUAGGAGGAGGAGCCAUUGGACCUGUGUCCGCGAGAGUGGGGCAGGGUCGAGUACUGGCUUUAGUUCUGCUCAGAGCGAGCGAGGGACUGGAUUGGAGGACCGGGGGUGGGGUGGGGGCGAGGCUCCGGCGCCGAGACUCCGCACGCUGUUUGCGCAGGCUCAGUGUGUAGCCCGUUACACUGGGCAGCUAACAUGGCGGCCUCCAGCUGGCUGCGCGCGGUUCUCCUGUUUCUAUGUGCCUCGGACCUUCUGUUGCUCUCUCCUCCUGAAGCCUACGCGACCGAUACUCCCGGCGAGGCCAUCACACCUCCACGGAAAAAGAAGGACAUCCGCGAUUACAACGAUGCCGACAUGGCGCGACUUCUGGAGCAGUGGGAGAAAGAUGAUGACAUAGAAGAAGGAGACCUUCCGGAACACAAGAGACCAUCGGCACCUAUCGACUUUUCAAAGCUAGACCCAGGCAAACCUGAGAGCAUCUUGAAAAUGACAAAGAAAGGGAAGACUCUGAUGAUGUUUGUCACCAUCUCAGGGAACCCCACUGAGAAGGAGACAGAGGAAAUCACCAGCCUGUGGCAGGGUAGCCUGUUCAAUGCCAACUAUGAUGUUCAGAGGUUCAUCGUGGGAUCAGACCGUGCUAUUUUCAUGCUCCGGGAUGGGAGCUAUGCCUGGGAGAUCAAGGACUUUUUGGUCAAUCAAGACAGGUGUGCUGAAGUCACUCUAGAGGGACAGAUGUACCCUGGCAAAGGAGGAGGAAGCAAGGAGAAAAAUAAAACAAAGCCAGAGAAGGGUAAAAAGAAGGAGGGAGAUCCCAAGCCACGGGCUUCCAAGGAAGACAACCGAGCUGGGAGCAGAAGAGAAGACCUCUAGCGGGUGGCAGGUUUCCCGCCGGGUAGGCAGGACCAGAUAGCCUCUUGCAGACUGGUGGGGCAGGUAGGUGCAGGAAACUGCAGAGCAGAUGGCAUUCUCACGUCCUCUAGCAAGGGUCUGUGUGCGACCAUCUGGCCAAUAUCACAGUUACUGUAUAAAAGGCUUCACAUGUAAAGGCAGGGUUUGUGAUUCACAGUGGACUGGCAGGUCCUGCUUAUUGUGGCAUCACCUGACUUGGAAACUUGAUAGAUGUCUUGUACGUUUUACAUCUCAUGAGUUCUUGACAACCCAAGUAUCACUCCCUCUUCACUGCACCUGCUGUGGCCCAAGGGCCUGUUGUUUCUGUGUGUUGCAAGCUCAAGUCAGACAAGCCUUGAGAACCUUUGGCUUGACAGGCGUAGGCAUUGAUCAUUGAGGGGUGAAGAUAACUGUGCUGUAUGUGCCGUGCUGGACACCCAGGAUCUGGACAGCUGACUCACUGUGUAGAAUGUGCAGAUUCACAAGACAGUGCCAUCCAGACGGCCAAGGAGUCAUUUCACGUGGCUUGCGUUCUCAUCAGUUCAGGGGAUCCUGUCUCCCAGUCUUCCUGUGGUUGUAGAGGGAAUGCUGUUGUGCCUCACUUGAGGAAAGAAGGGUGAGCAGCUGAGGGCUCCUGCUCUGCAUAGCCCCACAACUACAAAGCUGGAGGAGGGACCAGCAGAAUCUUCCAGAGGAGCGGACCUCAUCUACGGUAUUUCUAAGUGGUUUUCUUUGAUAAAGUGCCUAAACUUGUGCUUCUGUAUGGUACUCUCAUGGUGGGCUACUGUUCAUACUGUUUUUGCUGUUCAGAGGUUGAAGCUUAUCUAAGAGAACAUUUCUAUGAGGAUGCCAUUUUUAAGAACUUACAUUUUUUUAAAACCUCAAUUGUGGUUUUAAAUUCAAAAUAGUACGUGUACACAUACCCGGCUAGAAAGUGUCACUGUUAGAAUGUCACAGUGUGAAGAAUUGCCCUACCCUGCUGCCCGUACUUUGUCCCAGUGAAGCUACUGUUGAUUGUUGGUUUUUCAAAAAUAAAAUAUGUUUACUGGUU